AUGCGCAUCCCUUAUGCCAUCUCAGCAGCUCUUUGCUUCUUUAUGAUGCAUACCCUUGCAGCACCGACUGCAGUGACUGCGUCGGUCGACCUUGGGCAGGCGCAGGACAUCCCGCCCCUGCCGGCUGUGGGCGAUGGCCCCAAAACGAAUUCACACUCAGCACGUCGACCGAGGCCACGGAGAAUGAGGGCCCAUCCUUAA